GGCAUGCUGUCUGCCUGCCUGCUUGCCUGUCAGUUCAUCUGUCUGUCUGUAAUGUGAUGGAUCUCUAUGGUCUUCUCGUCUCAUCUCCCUCAUCUGCCCUGAUCUGAAAGAACAGCAAAUGCCCAGUAGGCAUCGUCCACCAUGAUGCUUUCACUGUUCUUAGAGCAGGGCUGAUAAGGAGAAGAACACACACACACACACACACACACACACACACACACACACACACACACACACAGAGAGAGGGUGUUGUUAUGUCCAAAUACUAUUUUACUUGUUUCCUCUCCUUAGUGACCAGUGAUUCAUAUAAAGAUUGGAUGGGAAUUGAUCUACCUAUCAUAUGCAUUCCAUUAAUUCCUGCUAUGAUCAGUGUGGCGUAUAACCUGCUUGUGCAUGCAGAUCAUGUCAACUCCCCUGACACACAUCACCCUGGUACCAUCUGUGUGUGUGCGUGAGCCCAGGCGUCAUGCUCAUCCGUGAUCCUUCUGUCUCUGUCACAUUGCCAGCAUGCCCUCACAUGUGACCUGAGGGUCAGACGGCCAGUGGCUGUGACAUCUUCAUCCAGUAAGGCUUCACAGCGAAGUCAUCUUCUGUCCAAAAGCACGAGUCCUUUCCUCUCUCCAUCUCUUGGCCCCUGGACACGCCGUCACUGCAUCACAUUUGACCCUGUCUCCAGCGCAGCAGCAGUUGUUGUUGCAACAGGCCCAGGCCCAGCUCCUAGCAGCAGCCAUGCAGCAGCAGUCAGCCAGCCAGCAGAGCAGCACUACGGGGGCCAGCAUCUCUGCCUCUGCAGCCACCCCUAUCACACAACUACCCCUGUCCCAGCCCAUCCAGAUCACCUCUAUUCCCUCUGGUUCUACCCAUCUCCCAGGCCAGCUCAGCCAGCUGGGAUACCCCUAUGAGAUGGCGACCUUCAACAGUUACCUACCUCAGUUACAACAGCUGCAGCAGCAGAACCUGACCAUGCCCCAGUUUGUCCUGGUUCAGCCUGGCCACCACAUCGCUACCCAGCUGCAGCCUGGCCAGUUCAUCAUCUCACAGUCACCACAGGGCCAGCAGAGUCUCCUGCAAGGCCAGAGUCUUCUAACUCAACUACCUCAAAGCCAAGCCAACCUCCUGCAGACUCAUCCCAGCAUCACGCUCUCCACACAGCCAGCGACUCCAACCCGCACGAUAGCAGCCACGCCCAUCCAGCCUCUGUCCCACAGCCAGACCUCACCCCCUAAACGCCUGGCCACACCCAGUCUGGAGGAGCCCAGUGACCUGGAGGAGCUGGAACAGUUUGCCAAGACCUUCAAACAGAGACGCAUCAAACUGGGCUUCACACAGGGAGAUGUUGGCCUGGCUAUGGGCAAGCUGUACGGUAACGACUUCAGCCAGACCACCAUCUCCCGCUUUGAGGCCUUGAACCUGAGCUUUAAGAACAUGUGCAAGCUGAAGCCACUGCUGGAGAAGUGGCUCAACGAUGCAGUUUAUGCAGACAAUCUGUCGUCUGACCAGGCCCUGUCCAGCCCCAGCGCCCUGGGCUCCCCUGGCCUGGGUAUGGAGGGGCUGAACCGCCGACGCAAGAAGAGGACCAGCAUCGAGACCAACAUCCGUUUGGCCUUAGAAAAGAGAUUUCUGGAACAGAACCAAAAACCUACCUCUGAGGAGAUCACCAUGAUCGCCGACCAGCUCAACAUGGAGAAGGAGGUGAUCCGGGUGUGGUUCUGUAACCGCCGGCAGAAAGAGAAGAGGAUCAACCCCCCCAGCGGUGGAUAUAGCAACACAGGGACAGGCAGCAGCCCCAUCAAAACCAUCUUCACCCCUACGAUCCCCCUGGUGGCCAGUACGGCCAGCCUUGUGACCAGUAACACACCGACCACACUGACUGUAAACCCAGUGAUGCCUCUCAACAGCACCAGCGUGUCUGGCCUGACGUUCACAGGCACGACCAUAGGAGCGACCACGAACACGGCGUCUGUCAUCUCCACGGCACCCAUGGUUACUGCGGUGACCAGCUCCCCAUCGCUAAGCCCCUCCCCCACGGCCCUCCAGGCCACGGCGGCGGAGACGGGCGGAACCCAGGAGCACACGGUGGUCACGCAGGCACCGUCGUCCCUAGCGACCACUCUGGGGACGGGUCAGGUGAUGGUGGCUGGACUGGGCCUGUCGGCCGCCCUGCAAGGCGCCGCCCAGUUACCCACCAGCGCGAGUUUCGCCGCCAUGGCCGGGCUUAACCAAGGACUUAUGGCGUCAUCGCAGUUCACUCCUGGGGGGGCCUUGCUGAGCUUGGCUCCAGGGGGGCUGGGAGGGGCUCUGAACCCCGCCAUGUUGAGCAACAGCACCCUGGCCACCAUCCAAGGUCUGUGGAGCGCUCUGGCAUCAGGCGGUGCUCUCCCCAUCACCUCGCUGGAUGGGAGCGGUAACCUGCUGUUCGCCAACACCUCCGCCGGCAGCACCCCCAACCUGAUGCAACCCCUCUUCCUGAACCCCCAGAACCUGUCCCUGCUCACCACCAACCCUGUCAACCUGGUGUCAGCCGGAGCUGCUGGGGGAGGGGCCCUGCAGGUCUCAGCUGACCACCAGGUCACCACGGCGACUGUACCAGUUCCCGCCUCCACCAUCACCACUGCCUCCAGGGCCCAGUGAAGCUGGAGGCCUCAAAUGGAACCCUAUGCCCUAUUUAGUGCACUACUCUUGGUUAAAUGUAGCGUACGAUAUGUCUGGCUCUGGCCAUAUUAGGGCACUAUAUGGGGGAAUAGGGCUGUUGUUUGGGAUUUGGCCUUAGACUAAUGGCUCUACCCACCUGUUCCUCCUCUUCCUUCUCUCUGUCAUCUGUCAUUAUUUAAAUAUUUUGCUGCCACCAAAAAGAAACCCUCUGUGAAGCGGGUUGGAAUUUAUUUAAAAAAAAAUGUUUGUCUUUUUUCCAUUCUCUCUUCCCUAGUACUCCAAAAAUGUUGGUCUUUUUUCCAUUCUCUCUUCCCUAGUACUCCAAAAAUGAUGUUUUUUUGUCGUCGGAUGCGUCCGGUCACACAGGAGGACUGGGGCGGCCAUUUUCUGAGGCAUGAUCGUCUUGAACUCUAUGGUUUGUGCUCCUUGUGUGACGCCUGACCAACGUCUUGGGAGAGUAAAUAACAGAGAAGACCCACCUUUUCUACUCCGUCACCUUUUUCACAAGUAGAGAUCUUUCUCUUCCCUGUUCAGAACGUAUUCUGAAGUACUUCUAACCAAAAAUGUGUGAUUUUACUUUUAAAUUUUUUAUUCUAACAAAAAUGAUUUACUACUAAGUUCGCAAUCUACAUCAUCACUAAAAGGGGGGUUUGUGCGUCUCCCCUGUCUAGGUUGAGUUUAUAGUGUCGGAGGCUCUGUUGGAAAGGCCUCAGCACGAAUAUCAAAGUUUUAUUUUAGAGACGUUCUCGUUUUAGUUUGUUUUCUCUUGUUUUUAUGUGAGUGGACAUUUUCAGAACUUUAUACGUCUAACAUUAAGUUUUAACUGCUAUAUAUAUAAUUAGUUUUAUCGUGGUUAUAAGGCUUUAAAAAUGGAGUAAUAAUAAGUGGCUGAUAUAUAACGGUUAUCGUUGCUUUAAGAAACAGGGUUAGCUGCUGGGUCUCUCUCUGGUCCUCUCGGUCUGGUAACACUGAGUUUGACAUUUCGCAGUAGCCCAGUGGCCAUGGAGCAUUUGUAAAUGGUAGUCUAGGUGUGGACCAUAGACACUGAUAUAAGAAAUGAUAACGCUUAGAGCUUUAACCCGGGUUACAUAUGGACCCAUGUCUGUGGGGUGGUGGUUGUGUGUUGUGGGGUUCAUGGCGGGGGGGGUCAGGGUUCACAGUUCAGGGGUCAGGCAGUAUAGGGGCUAAGUGGUUUUCUUGUGACCUUUACAGCUCAGGCAAAUACAGACGCCUCAGUUAGCUGUAUGAUACAUGGAGUUCUGUGACUGAGUGUUCUCUGACGGUCUGUCUGUCUGGUUGCCAUGCCAACUGGAUGACGUUGGUGUGCGGUAGAUGGGGACGUUGUGUAUUUUUGCUGAGAUAUUUUUCAUUUUUUGUAAUGCCAUUGUUUUUUUUAAUGCCACCAAUGAACUGCAGUCUGCCUGUUUUGAAAGACUUAAACAUUCUGUCAUGUUUUUUAACAUGUUUUAUGGUCCUUUAUUUCUGCAGUCUUUCGACUGGCUUACUUCAAAUAUACCAAAAAUAUUUGUUAAAACUAGUGCUGUUUAUUGUCAGUGUAGCUUAGCCUAGUUCUAAUAUUUAUGAGUACAAAAUCUCUCUCUCUCUCUCUCUCUCUCUCUCUCUACACACAACAGGAGAUGAAAAUGCAAUAUGUUGAUGAUCACUUUCCAAAGACAAACGUAUUUUUAAAUUUGACUAUGGCUGUCCCUGCUCAGCUUUAAAGUAGCAGGGCAAAUAACCAAAAAGAAAGUUAUGGGAAGACGGGAGGUCAGGUGUCUCCCUGUAUAAUGUUCAUAUAUUUGAGGGGUGUUUAGGUUUGAAUGGUAGCGGUUAUAUGAUAUCAAUGGGUGCUUAUCCUCUAGGCUCGGUCUCGUUUCUCUACAUGUUUCCCCCUAUGAUGAUAUGGCAGACUGUCCUGACCCUUUCUAGACUGGCAUAUCCGAUGGGCAACAGUUUGGACUGUAGUCAGGCUUUCAGUAGUCGGGUAAGGGCUGUCCAUUUUGAGUUUUUCUACUAAUACUCAGCCAUGAAAUAAAAAGCUUGAACCAAAGUCGUUUUCUCACUAGCUGCUGUGCCUGUGUGAGCCAGCAAGUGCUGUUCACACGAUCACUAUUUUACAUAAUACUACUACUGACAAGUUUUCUCCUUAAACCCACCUGUGUGCAUCCCCCACCUCUAACCCGCUUCUAAGGAACAAGGAUAUUUUAGCUUUAAUGACCAGCUGCUUUAACUUAGAAUGGAGGCAAACGUUCUGCGUGUUUUCUUCUUCUAGCUUUGUGACCAUAUCCUGUUAGCAGGUCUCGAUUUCCUGUGGUUGAAGCCUUCUCUCCUUCCCCUCAAUGCCCAGCUAGCUUUACUAUGGGGAGCUCAUCCACUGGCAGCACCAGUAAAGAGGUUUCGGACCAAGAUCCUGACCUGUAACCAAGCAGCGUAGCCUCUGUGCUGCCCUUAUCGAACUGCCCCUUUUCGUAACAACAUGAACAGCACACAGCAAUAGUGUUGUUCUAUCGGCCCUGACAUAACCAGAUUAAUGACUGCCUAGUUUGAAAGCAGAGAAUUCGCUCCACGCUGUUCAGUUUUUGUGCUCCUUUUUCACCCGUGAAUUACUUUGACUAAAUACCUCAGCAACACUUAAACAUUCGGUUCUCUAAGAAAUCUGACACCCGCUGAAUAUUAUAGAAUGUACAAGAACUGUAUGGCUGAAUUGUACAAGAUGGCAAAAAAAGAGUCAUCGUUAUCACAAACUAGGACAAACUACUACUGCUAUUUUCUAGUACUACUACUUAUGGGUAUUUCCAGGUUUUAACAGUUUAACAUUAUUUUGUGAUCCUUCUUGCCAAAGCAAAGCGAAAGCCUUUCUCUCUGCGGCUGGGUUGAUGUCUCCAUGCUGAUCACUUGGCUGGUGUUCUGUCCGAAUGGGACUUGUCGUUCUAUUUGUUGUCCUGUUUGUAGUCAUUCACCAGUCAUGAAGUGCGGUAGCUAGGUGAACCAGUGUCCAUUGGCACCAUUGGAAGUUAAUGAAAUAUUUAUCUGCGGAACGACUAAAGGAUAAGAGGAAAAGAAGCUUCUUUUUUUUCUUCUUAAUUCUAUACAUAUAUAUAUAUAUACACACAACACAUGUAAGAUAUUCAUGUUUUAUAUUUGAACUAGUAUGUUAUCAAGACUGAAUGUGGUGUUUUGUCAUGCUUAUAUUCAAAAGACAAAAAAAUGUUUUUUUUUAUUAAUCAUAGCAAUUUUGAAAAACUUUCAAGACCAAAAACUUAGACCGCGCCCCCUUGGUGCAUGAAUCACAGACACCUGUAGCCAUCACGUGUGGGUGUGGUCUGUUGAGUGGGAGGGGCUUUCUCUGGUGCUCCUAUUGGACAGUCCCUGUUUGUGCUGUUGCUAGGGAAACAGACUGAAGCGCCUAAUCUUAAUCUUUCAUUGUCUUUUUUGUUUGUGUUUGGUUUACUAUGGACUUGAUUUGCUGUGCUGUUUUUAACAAUCGUUAGAUGUUUUUUUAAAUUACGUAUGCCUUUAAUUGUUUUGUAUAGCACGAGAGGGCAAGAUCACUGGCUUCCUUAGUUUGACAAAAUAUGAAAAUGAUAAUUUACGCCUUAUCGUUAUUUAGAUGACAAAAGCAUUGUAGCAUAUGUUUGUGUGAGAGUAAUCUCGUGAGAGAGGCUACCUCCUCGCUAUCUUUUGUGUUUAGCUAGCCUACUCAGUGCAUAGUUCUUGGGCUUGUGCUGUUCUGGCACAGUUAUGUUGCUACCUAUGACUUUAGGGGUGACUCAGACAGGUGGCAAUACCUGUAGGAAAAGCUUUACUAUUAACUGAACUCCAGCAGAGGUGUGUGUGUGUGUGUGUGUGUGUGUGUGUGUGUGUGUGUGUGUGUGUGUGUGUGUGUGUGUGUGUGUGAGUGAGAAAGGAAGAGAGAAGGAAGAGCUGACUGCAGACCACAACGGUGCAUUUGUUCUCAGCUUACAGAUAAAGUAUAAUGAUAAAAGCAUUCAAGGAAGAUGGGAGUGAGAAUAUGGAACAGUAGCUGAGUGUGUCAGUGAUCCAUUGCCUGUGUUGGAGGCUGAUACAGGAUCUUUGUUGGUAUGCGAUGGUGCACCAGUGAAUCCUCUGGUUUGCUAUAUUUAAUUAUAAUCUGUUGUGAUGGCUCAGUCAGUGGAUCCUUCAAACAUACAGGAUCUUUGUGCGUUAAGAGUGGAUCCCCUUUGAUACAGUUUUAUUGUUUUUGGUGCCGUUGUGGAUCUGGAUGUCUCUCAGGUUUGUCUGAUGCUCUAGAAGUGGUUCUUUGUUGAUGCAUGUGGCGCAGUGGUUCUGUGUGGUGGGUGUAAAGGUUUAGUAAAAGGAGAGGGCAGCGAGACACCAGGAAGUCUGGGGUAACUAGCUUGGUUAAGGGAGCUACUGUAUACCUCAUUUUUAGCUCGAGACUGAGUGAAACUUGCUUCAAAUCUACUUUAGUAAAGAAAAAUAUUAAACUUAAGAAAAAAAAUAAACAUAAACAACACCAAAAACACAUGGUCCUAUCAGAGAAGCUCACAAAUGUCUGUUUUAAGAGUACAGAGUGUCAUGACAGCUGCUGCCACCGGGGGGAGACAGGACGCACUCCAGCACUUAAGAAUGUCUGCUUGUCUUUAUUUUUUACAAGAACAACAUCAUCAUCAACGCUCACGCUAAACACACAGCGACCUCUCACACCUCCACCUCCUAUUAUAAUGCUGAAAGUAUACACACAUUUCACUUUUUAGUAGUGUGUACUUGAUUUAUCCCAAUCUUAUUCUGUUUUCUAUGAUUUGACAAUCCUGUCCUUUUUUAUAUUCUUAUUUAGAUUGUAAAUGUAGAUGUUGGUGUGUCUACUCACCUGGUGGUGCGCUGCCUCGCUGCACUCUCUUUCCUGUGGUAAUGUUAACCAAAGACUUCUAAAGUGAUUGUAUAUGGACUAGACCAUCUCUCACCCCUCCGCCUCAUCAUCCCACGAGAAAAGACAUGCAGCUGUGCUCACACACGCUCUUCCCUGAGCACCUGUAAUGUCGAUACGCCUGUAUGGCAGAGCUGUGCAUGCGUGCGUGUGCGUGCGUGCGCGCCGCGGACACAACAGGCACCUGUAGCAGGGCCUGUGGGGGAGGAUAGGUAGAGCUUCGAGGGGCAAAGUGAGGUUCUCUGAUAGACAGAUCAAUUAUCCAAUCCCGUGAUGGCUGGGUGAUGUUUGUUAAUACACAUUGAGGGUGCAUCCUGUGCACGCUGUAAAGGCUCAGGAGUCCCUCUGUCUGUCUCUGUCUGUCUCUGUCUGCCUCUGUCUGCCUCUGUCUGCCUCUGUCUGCCUCUGUCUGUCUCUGGGACUGUUGCUAGGACACACCUUUUCCGUCACAAAAAUACACGGUUUCUGCUUCUUGGAUACAGUGCGUCUGUCUGGCUCCCUAUCUGUGUACUGUAGUUGCCAGGAUACAUUGUCGCUAGGAUACAAAUUCUCUGGUUCUUUCUCUCUGUCUCACCACUGUUUUCUUUCUUUCUCUGUCUCUCUUGCUUCUCUCUCCCGCUGUGACACUAUGCAUCAUGGUCCUUCACUACACAUGGCCUGUGUCUGAUUGGCUAAGCUCUUUGGUCAAUGGUGUCCCAGGGAAACGUUAUAUGAUGCUUUAUUCUAAGUGGGGGAGUUGUAGGAUCUCACAAGCGCUAUCCCAAAGCAAAAAAUAUCCAAAUAUUUCAUGUUUGACAAACGCAGAUACCAAAGAUAACUCUCUCUGUCCUGUCACACUCUCUCUUUCUCUCUCUUUCUCUCUCUCUUCCUCUUUCUCUCACCCUGCAGCGUGUGUAUUAAGAGAUAAACCCAGCACUGGCUUUAGCCCUAGCCCCAGUAAUUCCAAAGCUUAGAUGUAUAUUUUGGUAUAUUUCUGAGAAAUCUAAAUGGAAAAAAAGUCUUGUUUUAAAACAACAAUCUUGUCUGUUUGGUGUAUCGAUCUUUUUCUGUCACAGCAUGGAACUAAUUGCAGAAUUGUCUUACUCUUGGUAGAUUAAAGAUAUAGUAUUUUUGUAUGUUUUGGGGUGUGUGAAAAAUUCUGUGUGUGUGAAUAUAUCAGUUAACACGACCCAAGUAUCAAUGGUUUAAAAAAAAAACAAGCAGAAAAAUACAAUAAAAACAAAAGGUCAACUUGUAAAUAUUACUUCUGUUUGUGGAUUUUUGAGAAAUGCAUUCUGUAAAAUCACUGAUAAUUCUCCCUCUGUAAACCAAGCUUGGGCUAAACUAAAGGAAUGUGCCCCUUUUAUCUCCUGACUAGUUUUCCCUCUGAGUACACCGUCU